AUGGCGGUGGACGUCUCGCAGCUGAGCUUCGCCUACUUGCCGGGCGCGCCGCCCGUGCUGCAAGGCGUGGACUUCCGCCUGGCACCGGGCUCUCGUUGCCUGGUGCUGGGCGCCAACGGCGCGGGGAAGUCGACGCUGCUGCAGCUGCUGGCCGGGCAGAAGAUGGCGCCCCCGCAGACCGUGGCGGUCGCCAACGAGGAUCCCUUCCGUGGCCGCUGCCACAGCAUCCUGGUGGGCCAAGCUUCCUGGGAUGAACGGAUGCUCCAGAUGAAGGUCUCCGACCUGCUGGGCGACGGCGGGCGCUCCGCCGCGGCGCGGCUCCUGGAG